AUGUUUACCGCGGGUCCCAACUACGGUAAGCUGAAGACCAACCUCCGGCUGGCCAUCAACCGCCUCAAGCUGCUCGAGCGCAAGAAGACCGAGCUGGCCCAAAAGGCGCGCAAGGAGAUCGCCGAACACCUGGCCAGCGGCAAGCACGAGCGGGCGCGCAUCCGCGUCGAGCACAUCAUCCGUGAGGAUUACCUGGUUGAAGCCAUGGAACUCGUCGAGGUCUACUGCGACCUCCUGCUGGCGCGUUUCGGCCUGCUGCAGCAGAUGAAGACGCUGGACGAAGGCCUCACGGAAGCCGUGUCCAGCCUCAUCUGGGUGGCACCCAGGCUGCAAGCGGACGUCGCCGAGCUCAAAGCGGUCGCCGAUCAGCUGGCGCUCAAGUAUGGCAAGCCGUACGCAUCGGCGGCCCGCGACAAUGGCCUGUCUACCGUCAGCUCCAAGCUCAUGCACAAGUUGAGCGUGCAGGCACCACCCAGGAUCCUCGUCGAGCAGUACCUUGUCGAGAUCGCCAAGAGCCACGACGUGCCGUACGAACCAGACCAGGAGGUGCUAGCCGAGCAGACAGCCGGCAACCAACCGGAGAGCCCGCCGCUGCUCAUUGACCUCGGCGCUGCGGCAAGGCCCCCGGGCUUUGUGGCAGCGCCGUUUCCGCCUUUCAUGCCGGGCACCGCGCCCCCCGGGUCCCAGGUGGACCCACCACCCGUGCCCAUAGCCCCGCCGUCGGCCAUGCCGCCCAUGCCUUCGUUCCCGGCCGUGAACCCACACACGGUGGGCUUUGGCGAGGCCGGGCCGCCCGCCUACAACGCGGCCACCAUGGGAGGCUUUCCCGAGCUGCCGUCGGUGCCCGCGAGCAGCCUGCCCAAGCCGUCCAGCAAAGAGGAAGAACUCGACUUCGACGACCUGACGCGCAGGUUCGAGGAGCUCAAGAAGAGGAAAUAGUCGUCGUUCCUCCUUCAAGCUGGCUGGCCCAUGCAUUAUUAUACAAAACACACAACCGCUUCUACCGCUGAAUAAAGAGUUUUACCGCGUUA